GCGUGGUGUUGUCCGCAGCGAGGAUGGCCGAGGUGAAGAACCUCACCUGGGCGGUGGAGGACAUUUUCAAGGACACCUUUCUCAGCUACAUGAACGGCUGGAGGAGGAACAUGACGGAGGCGGCGACCAAGCUGCAGGCCCAGGUGGCGGCCGAGAACUUCGACUACGUCAUCCUGUACCUGAUGGUGAUGAUCGGGAUGUUCUCCUUCAUCAUCGUGGCCAUCCUGGUGAGCACCGUGAAGUCCAAGAGGAGGGAGCACUCCAACGACCCCUAUCACCAGUACAUCGUGGAGGACUGGGGAGAGAAGUACAAGAACCAGGUGCUGAUCCAUGAAAAUCCGGGAGCGAGGGAUAAAACGAGCCCCGAGUCCCCCUGAGCUUCGGGAAACGCCGGCGGGGAGGAAAUCAGGGAGUCACA